AUGCACUCACUACGCAUUUUGCCGUGGUGUCUCCUCCUUCUUUCCGGAGUCGUGACUGCCCAGACGCCGUCGAUCGAUUACCUUCCAACAUGUGCUCAACCAUGCCUCGUUGAAGGCUUGAGCAGAUCAUCCUGUCGCACGGGGAAUCACACAUGUCUAUGUCAUGACACGAACUACACGAGCUUCAUGAGUGACUGUGUUGCCGGUAAUUGCUUACCAAUCGAUGCCUUGGCUACCCAGAACUACACUUGGACAGUUUGCGGGUUUCCAGCAGUCAAUGAUUAUGUCUCAACACAAGUCCCUAUAUUGGCAGGGCUCUUCGUGUUGGCUUCUCUGUCGAUCUUCAUGAGGAUGGCAGUCAAGAUUGCAGGCGUCUCUGCGUGGGGAGCUGACGAUUGGAUGAUCCUCGUAGCAUACGGGUUUUUCAUAGCUUUUGUACCGAUUAACGUGUAUGAGGGCAGGAACGGCGCCGGUCAAAACAUGUGGACUUUGAGUGCUGAUCAAAUCACAAAUUGCUUCAAAGGUUACUACGUUAUGCAAGCUCUUUACCACUGCACGAUCACUCUGAUAAAGGCAUCUAUCCUCUUCCUGUGUUUGCGACUCUUCCCUUUCGAACGGUUUAGAAUCGCACUAUGGGGAACGCAAGUCUUCAACCUGGUAAUCGGUGUGAUGUGUCUACUCCUUGGCAUCUUCCAGUGUAAUCCUGUCCACCUUGCUUGGACAGCAUGGAGACAAGACUCCGAAAGCCAGGGAACGUGCAUGAGUAUCGUCAACAUCGGGAUAGCCCAUGGGGCCAUCCAAGUUGGACUGGAUAUCUGGAUGCUGGCCCUACCUCUGCUGCAGAUUCAAGGCCUGAAUCUGAAGUGGGAGAAAAAGUCUAGCCUGGUGGUCAUGUUCAGCCUGGGUCUCUUUCUUACAGCUGCCAGCUCAGUCCGACUGAAACUCCUCACCGACUACCAUCAAGGAACCGACAACUUUAUAGUGAACUCGCUACCAAUCGCUACAUGGUCGAUAAUCGAGAUAGGCAUGGGCAUUUUUACGGCCUGCACGCCUAGCAUUCGACAAUUCUUCCGAGUCUUCAUUUUAAGACGACGUGAUAGAAGAGCCAACUUGCACUCGGAUUCCAGCCCUGGCAGGAUUUCUAGAGGCACCGUUGAGGAGGUUCCCUAG